AUGUCGUCAAAACCCGAACCCUUACAACCGCAAGAGCAGAAACAACCAGAUGGCAAGAUUGGCAUACGCAAACGCCUAAAGCACUUUACGUUCGCCUGGUUCCUCUCUACAAUGAGUACGGGGGGUCUGGCUCUAGCCCUCGCCGAUACACCGCAUCAAUUCCCUGGUAAUAACCCUUUCCCCCCACAUCCCUAUUCUCCGCCGUUCUCACCCGUAAAGAACGAAGAAGCCAACUGA